AUUUAUUUUUGGCUGCCUUGGGUCUUCGUUGCUGCAUGCGGGCUUUCUCUAGUUGCGUCGAGCUGGGGCAACUCUUUGUUGUGGUGCGUGGGCUUCUCAUUUCAGUGGCUUCUCUUGUUGUGGAGCAUGGGCUCUAGGCACGUGGGCUCGGUAGUUGUGGCACGCGGCCUCUAGAGCGCAGGCUCAGUAGCUGUGGCGCAUGGGCUUAGUUGCUCCGCGGCAUGUGGGAUCUUCCCAGACCAGGGAUCAAACCCGUGUCCCCUGCAUUGGCAGGCGGAUUCUCAACCAUUGAGCCACUAGGGGAGUCCCACACAGCCUUUAAAUAAGAGCUGGGAUUUAAACCCAGGGCCUUGGGCUUCAGAGUCUGCCAUCCUUCCCUGGACACACCAAUAGUCUCAUUUGUUCCUCCCUGUACCUUGAAAACAGAGUACCAUCUGUGUUUUACUGACAAGGAUAUGGAGGUCCUCAAGGGGACAGCUCCUGCCCAGGGUGAUCUGGUACCUGCAGGAGGAGGAUGGACUUUGAACUCCAAAGUCCAUGUUCAUCCUUCUUACUGGGCUCUCAGUGUAUCACCCACCAUGGAGGGCGGAGGACUAAGCGGCACCUGGGGCAUGGCCAUGGCUGACUGGGGAAGCAGGGCCAUCUAAGAACUGAGCUCGGCCCUGGGUGGAGGGAGCCUUGGCUGCGGUUAGUGGCUGUGGGUAGCAGGGGAUCCAGGAACAACUCCUUCCUGCCUCAGCCUUGGGUCCCAGACAGGAUCUUUACAGCUCUGUCUGAGCAGCUUCCGGAGGCCCAGUCCCAUGUGAGGUGCUGGAUCGUCUCCCAGGGGACCGCCGUGGCAGCUCUGGCUUCUGCCCUGCUUUCCCUCUGUCUGUUCCCCACACCACAGUCAGGAGGAGCUCUUUAAAAAGUACAUCUUUUCAUGUCACUCCCCUGCUUAGAAUCCUUCAGUGGCUUCCCGGGGCUUUCAGGAUAAGGUCCCAGCUCCUACGAAGCCCCCAUUUGGCAGUUGGCUCAUCUACCACUGACCCUGCUCUGAACUGUAGCCUCCCCGCCCCGGAAUUCCCUCGGUGCUUCUGCCUGGGGCUCUCAGCAGGGCUCUGACCCUGCCUGCCUGGAUCUCUCUUCCUGCUCCCUCAGGGGAAAAGGACAGUCUCCCUCUUCUGCUUAAAUGUCACCUCCUCCGAAAGGCCUUCCCAGUCCACUCUAUCUGUGGGGUAAAAAGAUCUCUCUCGGGUGGCUGUUGAGGAGAGAGGCUGGAGAAGAGACUAGUUGGAGAAAUAUUUAAGAAGAAAUCAUUAGGACUUGGGGACCGGCUAUUGAUGGGUAAGGGAGAUGGAGUCUGGGGGAGCCCCCUGUCUCUGGUUCAGGCAGCUGGAUGGAUGGAGGAGCCGUAUUAGGAAAUGUGGAGCCUGGGAGGGGGAGGGGUUUGGGGGCGAUCAGACACACAGGUCUGCCUUGGUCACGGCUAUCCAUCCAGUGCCCAGCACAUCUUGGGCCCUCAGAGGCUGAUGUGCAGAGGGAUAGGACUGAAAGCUCUGGAUCUCUGGAUCGGUCCAGGGGGCCUGGGGCAAAUGUGGCCAUUGUCUUUGGGAAUAUGGGGGUCGGAGCCUUAGCCUCACCUCCUCUGCCUUCCACCCACCAGCUCCCAGAAGGAUAUCCAAAAUAUAGCAUCUAACAACUGGUACGGGCUCUGCAGAGGCUACGGUGACUGAGGAUGGCCUCAUGAGGGUGACCUUGGGGCAGACUGACCAGCAGGGGAAGGCCCAAGGGCGCUGAGCACCUGACCCCGGUGCUAGGACUGCACCCGGGGCUUCAUCUUCCCCGGGGACGUCUCACAGGGAUGGGAGUCUGACUGGCAAACUGGGCAACAGGGUGACCCCCUGGUGAUACCCACCGGUCACUCAUAGGUCCUGGGGUCAUGCAGAAGGGGAAGAGGGCAUGUUUAGGAGGUUUAGGGAACAGGUAUUUAUGUAGGGAAACAUUUAAAUAUUUUAAUAACAGAAGCUGUUGAAGGACUUCAACACGUGGGUCGAAUUUCCCUUUCUUUGGCAAUGUCCUCCCUUCUAUCUUCUGUUCUUGCUUUGUGGAUAACUGGAGGCCGAACCUCCUGGUUUAAUCACCUAAUUUUCUUAAUCAUUUGCUCCUAUUUUUUAUCUUGUCUUUUGUUCUACCUGCUGGAGGAUUUUCUCAACUUUAUUUUCCAUUCCUUUUAUUACAGCCUGAUGGGUGCUGCCAUAUUCUUCCAAAUCUCCGAGAGCUCUUUCUUACCUUCUGAAUGUCCUCUUUUUAAAAAGGGAUCCUCUUGUUUCAAGGAUGUAACAUCGUCUCCUCUCUUUGAGGCUAUUCAUUUUGGGUUUUUAAGUUUUCUGUUCUCUGCAUUUCUCUGUUUCUGUAGAGUGCCUUUGGUCUUUUGUCCCUCAUGGUAAAAGCAUUUCUUGACUCUCUGGUGUCCUUGGCCUGUCCCUUUUGUCUUAAAAGUGGGAAAACUGAGGCCACGGGUGACCCAUGCGUUGGGGCAGAGCCAGAAGGAGCAGAGAGGCUGGGCGUGAGAAGCGGGGAAGGCAGCCCAGCCUUGCACCCUGCUGGUCCUGGCUGGGGGGAGGUGGAGAUGCCAGUGGAGAGGAGGAGGCCCCAGACCAGAAGGGCUGUUCUCCGCCAGCCCUUACCGAGAGGUUGCCGUGUGGCCCUGCCGUGUGUGGGAGGCUGUGGUCAGGGAGGGGAGAGCGCCGGCAGGGUGGAUGGCUGGGCUGGCUUCCCUCUCCCAGCACAGUGGGCCAGGCCAGCCUCCCUGGUGUGCCGGCCAGAGGGAGGGUGGCGGAGGGAAGUCUGGCGCCUGCUCCUGUCCCGGGCACUGUGUGCUGCAGUUCUUGCACCUGAUAACCCCUGACCUGGCACACGACCAGCCGGCUCUACCAAGGGCUUGCCCUGGCACCUUCCUGUCCCCAGACACCAGGGUGUGUGUGUGCAUGUUCAUGUGCACUUUAAAUGGACUUUAACCCCAGUUGUCCCCCUUGAGAUUUGCUGGCUGGUCAUGGCCUUGGGGACAGAAGAUCCUAGAAGGAUUCAGGUCCUGGUUCUAUAUGCCCUGGGCCUCAGUUUUCCCAUCUGUCCAAUGAGAGGGGUCAGAUGCCCCCCCCACUGCCCGCAAGGAGCUGGUAAGGUCCUGCCCAGGGUUGUCCGUCACCCUCAUUGUUUCGUCCCCAGGAGGCGGGGCAUCGCCCUCCCUGCCAACACACCAGAGGAGCUGCAGGACAUCAUCGGCAUGGACAAGCCGCUCAGCCUCCCGGGCUUCCUGGCCAAGUUCGACUACUACAUGCCCGCCAUCGCGGGCUGCCGGGAGGCCAUCAAAAGGACUGCCUACGAGUUUGUGGAGAUGAAGGCCAAGGAGGGCGUGGUGUACGUGGAGGUGCGCUACAGCCCGCACCUUCUGGCCAACUCCAAAGUGGAGCCGAUCCCUUGGAACCAGGCUGAAGGGGACCUCACCCCGGACGAGGUGGUGUACCUAGUGAACCAGGGCCUGCAAGAGGGAGAGCGAGACUUCAGGGUGAAGGUGCGGUCCAUCCUGUGCUGCAUGCGCCACCAGCCCAGCUGGUCCCCCGAGGUGGUGGAGCUGUGUAAGAAGUACCGGCAGCAGACCGUGGUGGCCAUCGACCUGGCCGGAGACGAGAGCAUCCAAGGCAGCAGCCUCUUCCCUGAACACGUGGAGGCCUACGCGGAGGCCGUGAAGAGCGGCGUCCACCGCACGGUCCACGCCGGGGAGGUGGGCUCGGCCGAGGUGGUGAGAGAGGUGAGUGGCCAGGCAGGUGGCGGGGCCCUUCUCCCCGCUUGCCCCGCGGCCCGCGCUGGGAUCCACACUGCUUGUCAACAGGCCGUGGACGUGCUCAAGACCGAGAGGCUGGGGCACGGCUACCACACCCUGGAGGACCCGGCCCUCUACAACAGGCUGCGGCAGGAAAACAUGCACUUCGAGGUCUGCCCCUGGUCCAGCUACCUCACCGGCGCCUGGAAGCCAGGCACGGAGCAUGCAGUCGUUCGGUUCAAAAACGACCAGGCUAAUUACUCCCUCAACACGGAUGACCCACUCAUCUUCAAGUCCACCCUGAACACUGAUUACCAGAUGACCAAACAGGACAUGGGCUUCACUGAAGAGGAGUUUAAGAGACUGAACAUCAAUGCGGCAAAGUCCAGUUUCCUCCCAGAAGGUGAGAAGACGGAGCUUCUUGACCUGCUCUGUAAAGCCUACGGGAUGCCACCUUUGGCCUCUGCAGAGCAGCGUCCCUGAAGACAUCGUGGCCACCUCUGAGAGUCCUCACCCUGUGGAUGGAGUCUUCACAACUCUGGCUUAAUCGACAGGCUUCCCUUUACUCCUUCCAGGGAGACCACGAUUUCCAGAGUCAGCUGCUGAUGGUCGUGAAGAAGCCCACGGGCCUGUUUCUGUACACACAUAUACCUCCGCCUGGCCGCGUCUCUCCUCUGAUUGUGUGCCCGGGCCAGGAUCAGGGCCUGUGGCUGGUUGAAUCUGAAUCCCUCCCUCCCAGGGUGACCCGCGCUGAAAAUCUGGUGCUUAAUAAAGAAACCAGCGGCUGGGGUCGUGCA